UGGGCCGAGUGUCUCUCCAAAAAAUAAAUAAAUAAAUAAAUAAAUAAAUAAAGGUUUGGUUUCUCUGUCUUCAAAAAACACUCUAAUUUUUCAGGUUAUAAAAGUGGAGAAGACGACAAUGGAGAGGCGUUGAUUCGUAAAAACGAAGAAAUGUUUUGAUUAAACAGCACAUAAACCACCAGCUAAUCUCCAUCCACCACCGCACCGCCACCACCAAACCUCCUUUUCUCUACCAAUACUUGGAAGGGACUCAAGAAAUAGCUUGAUAUAUCGAUAUACUUGGGGCACCUAACUCUCUCUCUAACGGCGGAGAGAGGAAAAUGAAGCUGUCGGCGUUGCAGCAGAGCUAUACCAACCGCCGGAGUAAUAGCUUUAGGGCAGCUGGGGGGUUAGAUUCGUCGGUGGACGGCAGCGGGAAGUCACCGGCGGCGAUUUUCUGGUUGGUGCUUCAUGGUCUAUGCUGCCUCAUCAGUUUGGUAUUGGGGUUUAGGUUCUCGCGUCUUGUUUUCUUUCUUUUCUUCUCCACGGCCAGUAAUGGCGGGACCAGUGGGCUUUAUCCGUCGACGCCGUUUCUCGGUACCACCGCUGAUAUCGCGGGGAGCCUGUCCUUUCAGGCAAAUCCUUCUCCGAAUUUGGAGUUGCCGCCAAACAGGACGGCCGGUGGGAUCUCGAGCAGUCGGGUGGUGGUUGGACGACAUGGGAUCCGAAUCCGGCCGUGGCCGCAUCCAAAUCCUGAUGAGGUGAUGAAAGCUCAUCGGAUAAUUGAGAGAGUGCAGAGGGAACAGAAGCUUCAGUUUGGGAUCAAGAACCCUAGAACAGUGAUUGUUGUUACUCCAACCUAUGUAAGGACGUUCCAGACGCUGCAUCUGACUGGUUUGAUGCACUCGUUGAUGAAUGUACCCUACGAUCUCAUCUGGAUCGUGAUCGAAGCUGGUGGGACCACUAAUGAGACCGCUUCUCUUCUUGCCAAGUCAGGGCUUCGGACUAUACACAUUGGAUUCGACAGACGGAUGCCGAAUUCGUGGGAGGAUCGCCAUCGUUUGGAGGCUCAGAUGCGGCUUCGCGCUUUAAGAAUUGUGAGAGAAGAGAAAUUAGAUGGAAUUUUGAUGUUUGGGGAUGACAGCAAUAUGCAUAGUAUGGAGCUCUUUGAUGAGAUACAAAAGGUGAAAUGGAUUGGUGCUGUUUCGGUUGGGAUUUUAGCUCAUUCCGGGAAUACAGAUGAAUUAUCAUCUGUGGCUCAUAAGAAGGCAGAAGAAGAGAACCUGCCACCUCCAGUUCAAGGUCCAGCUUGCAAUUCAUCAGAAAAACUUGUUGGUUGGCACAUCUUUAAUUCGCUGCCAUAUGUGGGGAAUGGUGCAACUUACAUUGAUGAUAGGGCAACUGUUCUGCCUAGGAAGCUGGAGUGGUCUGGGUUUGUACUGAACUCCAGGUUGUUAUGGAAGGCGGCUGAAGACAGGCCCGAGUGGGUUAAAGAUCUAGAUAAACUAGAUGGUGUCCGUGAGGAAAUUGAGAGUCCACUAUCCUUGCUGAAGGAUCCUUCUAUGGUGGAGCCUCUUGGGAGCUGUGGGCGCAAAGUUUUGCUAUGGUGGCUCCGUGUUGAAGCUCGUACAGAUAGCAAAUUUCCUGCCAGAUGGAUAAUCGACCCUCCUUUGGAGGUCACCGUCCCAGCCAAACGGACACCAUGGCCAGAUGCUCCUCCUGAGCUCCCAUCUAAUGUAAAAGAGAUUAGUAUCCAAGAGCACACUGAGAAGCGGCAUGCAAAAUCUCGGGCAUCCAGAUCAAAACACAGUUCUCGAAGUAAGAGAAAGCAUGAAUCAAGAACAGCAGAUCCACAGGUUUCCUCAAAAGUUUCUGAAGAGUGAAACCCUGUUGAGCAAAGAGCAUCUGACAAUGAUACUGCUGCUUGAACUUUGAGACUGCCAGCUUUCAGCAUUUAUUUGAAUGGGGUAGGAGGACAAAGCAGAUGUUCACACCAGGCACAAACAAGAAGCCAUCAGUUAGAAAGUUGGCCAGUUGAAUACCUGCAUUUGGGCUUUCAUUCCGUUCCGUCUAAGUUUCAGAUUUUUUUCUUCUUUAUUAAUUUUGUUUGGGUGAUUGGUAUUCUGGUGUUCAUGGGAGAAGUGCAUCGGUCUGAGUCCCACUGCAUCUGCUGCCUGCCAGGAAACUUGUAUACAAAUACUUCGAGUUUUAUACAUAAUCUUUGAAAUAGGAAUUAUAGGUUUGUGUUCAGCUGUUGGAUUUGGUAGAAACAACACUCUGUAAUAAAAAUUUAUCUCAUUUCCAAA